AUGGCUUCCGGCGCCGAAUCCGUCAGGCGCAGCCCGUUCGCCGCCGAUACCCUCGCGCCAGGUAUGCACAAGACAAUACCGAUCCUCCCGUCGUCGUCAGCCGCCUCCUCGUUGACCCCUCCGGUCCCCGCAGGAGACCCAAUGGACGUCACGCCCUCGAACUCGACGUCCGCGGCUCCCCCGUCACAGCCCAGCCCGGCCCUGGACCGCAACGGUGGGAACCAGUCGGAGCCGGACAACAGCAGCCAGAGCAGCAACCAACAGCAGAACAGCACCGGCGGAGCGCCCACGUCCAACGCGACUGCGGCCGCGGCAAACAACACCACCAACGGGAACACUAGCGCCGGUAGCAGCAAUGGCCCGGGCAUCGGUGCGGCCGCGGCAGCGCAGCAGCCCAAGGUUGUACAAACUGCCUUCAUCCACAAGCUCUACAACAUGCUCGAAGACCAGUCAAUCCAGCAUUUGAUAUCGUGGUCCAGCACCAACGAAAGUUUUGUCAUGUCGCCGUCGAAUGAAUUCUCAAAAGUUCUUUCUUCUUACUUCAAACACACCAAUAUUUCAUCAUUUGUGCGACAGUUGAACAUGUACGGUUUUCACAAAGUGAGCGACGUUUUCCACACCGGCUCCCCCGAUUCUCCCCUUUGGGAGUUCAAGCACGGCAAUGGCAACUUUAAGCGAGGGGAUCUCGUUGGCCUGAGGGAGAUCAAGCGGCGAGCCUCGCGGCAUGCUCUCAUACACCGUGAUUCCUUUUCUACUGGCCCCAAAACAGCAGCUCCGUCCUCGGGCGCUCCUGUAGAGCCCAUGCCUGAUCCCGUAGAGUCUCGGCUGCAAAUGCUCGAGCACAGCCUCUACGAUAUGCAUGCUCGGCUCGCACGGACCGAAGAUAGUUAUGCAUACGUCAAUCAAAGAUGCAACGUGCUCACGGAAAGCCUGAUGCGCUGCCACCAGUGGAAUUAUGAGCUCUCCAAUUGCAUAAAGGCCAUGGUCCCUGACCCGGAGCAUCAGAUACAUAAGGAUGUAACCAUGAUGCAAAAUGAGAUUGCAAGACAGUCGGACAUUUUCCGAUCGAUGGACGAACAGCAAGAAAACAUUCAGUCCGCCCGCUCCCAGUAUUUCUCCAACUUGCAGAGCGACAGCAUGGCGCCAGCAUCCCCCCGGCAGAUGCCUCAGAACGACCAGCGAAGGCCAUCGUUAGCAGAUGUCGGGCGACCGGGGUCUUACAGGGGCCCGCAAACCGCCGUGCCUCCCCACCUGCAGGUCGUGUCGCCCAGGAGGUAUGGCUCGAUCACCCAAGGCAACUAUUCGCCAUCGUCGUUGCGGCCACCGGUUCAGCAGGCGCCGCCGCCGCCGCCGCCCCAGAUCCAGCAUCCACUUGCCAAUGUUGAUUCCAAUUCACCACCACCCAACCUCUCCCGGAGGCAUACUUCUGCGGAUAUUCGAUUACAUGGCUGGGUGCCGCCUCCGCCGCCGCCGCCAUCUCACUCACCAUACGCGUCUGGUCACAAUUCCACACCAUGGCCUUCGUCACCACACAGGGCUCCCCUCGGUGGCGAUGAGCAACUUAGGAACGCCUUGGCCCAAUAUGAAAUAACGCGCGGUCCCAGGCAACAUCCAGGUUCACGAAACGCAACGCCUCCACCUAACGAACCCAGUUCGACACUGAAUCCCGACGCUGGGUGGACUCUCCCAGGGGCGCGUUUUCCGUUCCGCGGCAUCGACACACCGGGUCCUCCGACCAGACGAUCGAGCAUGGCAUCGAACGUGCAUUCACUGUUGAACCCGGCGGAAACCGCAGAACGGCCGGACGAGGACGAGCCGCAAGGCGAUCUGAAGCGGAAGAGGCUCCUAUGA